AUGGAUAUUAAUUGUCUCCUUAGACGCAAAGAAGAGGCAAAGGCCCUUUUAGAAAGCCGGGGGGCCCCCCAGGAGGCCAAGGAGGCCCUAGAGGCCCUGCCGGGGUUGGUGGCGCGUCUGCGCCAGGUGUCUAGGGAGCUCAACAUGCUGAUGCGGAAAAGGAAAGAAGCAGCAAGGACCCAGCAGCAGCAGCAGCAGCAGCAGCAGCAGCAGCAGCAGCAGCAAGAACAGCAGCAGCUGCAGCAGCAGCAGCAGCAGCAGCUGAUUUCCUCUGCAGCAGCAAGGAAGGCAGAGGCAGCAAACCUUCACUCCCUCAGCCGGCGAGCAGCAGCAGAACGGCAGCAGCUGCAGCAGCAGCUGCAGCAGCAGCUGCUGCUGCUGCCUAACGGCUUAGACCCUAGGGUGCGCCUCUAG